UUUUUUGUUUACUUUUCUAAGCAACAACAAAAAGUUAUAAAUUUAUUUUCAUUUUAAUUUUAACAACAAAAUAAUGAAUUCCCAGGAAUUUAAGAAAGUUAUAUGUCGAAUUUGUUUAGAUGAGUCGGUAGUAUUAGAUUGGAACGAUAGUAUAAAUGAUUAUAGCGAUAUAACAUACAAAGAUUGCUAUUAUAAAUAUACACAAUUGGAAUGGCUUGCCUCCGACAGCUUUUCACCCAUGUUAUGUCAAACAUGUGCAAAUGGUUUACAAAAUUUCCAUGCUCUAAUUUUAAAAGCAUUAGAAUCGUAUAAAUAUUUUCAAGAAUCUGCAGCAAACAUCAACACACAAAUUGUCAAUAAUAGUUGCACAAAUAUUGAAACUGAUAUAAAAUAUACACCAACAGAAUUUGAAACAGUACUGGUGCAUAAAUUAGAAGUAGAACCUGUAAUAGAAGAUCAUUUUGUGUAUGACAACUCAGAUGAAGAGUUUAAGGUUAAACCGACAAAAACUAAAGUUGGUAGGCGAUCUAAACGUUGUAUAUCUUUAAAGCACAAUCAUGAAAAAUGUAACAAAAUGUCAGAUGAACCUAUGGAAAAAGAUAAAAUAGCGGAUAAUUCUAAUGAUAAUUUGCAGGACUUACAACAAGUAAAAACUCGUAAUAAAACGUUUGCUAAAAGAAAAACAAAAAAACAAGUAGAAGUUAAGGAGAAUAAUACAAAGAAAUCGAACGACAACACCUCCUCUUUUUCGCAAUAUUGGAUUUUUCCGAAAUAA